UGGAUCGGAGCAGGCCAGUGGACUCUGUGCUUCUGAGACGAGGUAGACGCUAGAGGAGGUGUGUGCUUCCGGCCCUUGCUCUUUUAUCUUCACAUCCAUUUGUUCUCUUCUCCACACGAUCCUCUCCCUCUCCCUCUUUCAUUCUCUCUCUCUCUCUCUCUCUCUCUCUCUCUCUCUCUCUCUCUCUCUCUCUCCCUCUUUCUGGUGUUCCGUUUGGUGAUCAGCUAUGGCUCUUCAGUCCAUCGUACCCAUGCCACAACUUCUAUACUCUAAUGGCUUCUCAUCCAGCACUUCACUUUCAGCAACAAAGAGUUCAAUUUUCGACGCAAACAGAGGACUUCUCUUCGCAGACUUCAUCGGUCUGUGUUGUAAAUCGAAACGGACGAGACAGAGAAUCGGAAUCGGAGCAGUCCGGAGAGGUCGGGGGUCAUUGGGGAGGAGCUGGUCGUCGGUGAAAGCUGUUCUUGACGUCAAUCGUGUGGAUUUCGCUUCUAAGGAAUCUGACACAGUUCGACGUGCUGAAAACGAGGUUGCAAAUUUGAAUGAUAUCAUAUCUGAAAGAGGAGCAUGUGGAGUUGGGUUUAUUGCAAACUUGGAGAACAACGCAUCACAUGAGAUUAUCAAAGAUGCUCUUACAGCCCUUGGCUGUAUGGAACACCGUGGUGGCUGUGGAGCAGAUAAUGAUUCUGGUGAUGGUUCUGGAUUGAUGACUUCAAUUCCAUGGGAGCUAUUCAACAAUUGGGCAAAUAAACAAGGGAUUGCUUCUUUAGAUAAGUUGCACACUGGUGUGGGAAUGGUUUUUCUCCCCAAAGAUGAUGAUUCUAUGAAAGAAGCAAAAUCAGUUAUUGAAAAUACCUUCAAGCAAGAGGGCCUUGACGUUCUUGGAUGGAGACCUGUUCCUAUAAAUGUGGCAGUUGUUGGUUACUAUGCAAAAGAAACCAUGCCCAACAUACAGCAAGUAUUUGUGAAAAUUUCAAAUGAAGAAAACAUUGAUGACAUUGAAAGAGAGCUAUACAUCUGCCGGAAGUUGAUAGAAAGAGUAUCAAAGUUAGAGAAGUGGGGAGAUGAGCUAUAUUUCUGUUCUUUGUCCAAUCAAACUAUUGUUUACAAAGGAAUGCUUCGGUCAGAAGUUCUUGGGCAAUUUUAUUCUGACCUCCAGAGUGAUCUUUAUAAAUCUCCUUUUGCUAUCUAUCACAGAAGGUACAGCACAAAUACUAGUCCCAGGUGGCCACUGGCACAACCAAUGAGAUUGCUUGGUCAUAAUGGAGAAAUCAAUACUAUACAGGGGAACUUGAACUGGAUGCAGUCUCGAGAGACCUCACUCAAGUCUCCUGUUUGGCGUGGUCGUGAAGAUGAAAUUUGUCCUUAUGGAAACCCAAAGGCAUCUGAUUCAGCAAAUCUUGAUAGUGCAGCAGAGUUGUUGCUAAGAAGUGGCCGUAGUCCAGAGGAAGCUCUCAUGAUUCUUGUCCCAGAGGCAUACAAGAAUCAUCCAACUUUGAUGAUAAAAUAUCCUGAGGUGGUUGAUUUUUAUGAGUAUUACAAGGGUCAAAUGGAAGCUUGGGAUGGACCAGCUUUACUGUUAUUCAGUGAUGGAAAAACUGUUGGAGCUUGUCUUGAUCGGAAUGGCCUUCGUCCUGCUAGGUAUUGGAGGACAGUAGACAAUGUUGUCUAUGUUGCUUCCGAGGUUGGUGUCCUACCGAUGGAUGAAUCAAGGGUCACAAUGAAAGGCCGCCUAGGUCCAGGAAUGAUGAUAACUGCUGAUCUGCUAACUGGCCAGGUCUAUGAAAACACAGAUGUUAAAAAGCGGGUGGCCUUAUCAAAUCCAUAUGGCAAGUGGCUAAGUGAAAAUAUGCGAACUUUGAAGCCUGUGAACUUUCUUUCAGCAUCUGUUAUGGACAAAGAAAUCAUCUUAAGACACCAACAGGCAUUUGGCUAUUCAAGUGAGGACGUCCAGAUGGUUAUUGAAACCAUGGCUGCACAGGGGAAGGAACCUACCUUUUGCAUGGGGGAUGAUAUACCACUAGCUGCACUCUCUCAAAAGCCACACAUGCUUUUUGACUAUUUCAAGCAACGUUUUGCACAGGUUACAAACCCAGCUAUUGAUCCCCUUAGAGAAGGUCUAGUCAUGUCUCUUGAAGUCAAUAUUGGAAAGCGUGGAAAUAUCUUAGAGGUUGGACCAGAGAAUGCUUCCCAGGUUAUUCUAUCUAGUCCUGUGUUGAAUGAAGGGGAACUUGAGUUGUUGAUGGAGGAUCCUUACUUGAAGCCCCAAGUACUUCCGACAUUUUUUGAUAUUAGGAAAGGGUUAGAUGGUUCCCUGGAAAAGACAAUAAAGAAAUUGUGUGAAGAUGCUGAUGAAGCUGUUAGAAAUGGUUCACAACUUCUUAUUCUUUCUGACCGCUCUGAGGAGUUGGAACCAACACGACCUGCCAUUCCAAUACUUCUUGCUGUUGGUUCUGUUCACCAGCAUCUAAUUCAAAAUGGCUUGCGGAUGUCGGCUUCCAUUGUAGCUGAUACUGCUCAAUGCUUCAGCACGCAUCAGUUUGCAUGUUUAAUUGGAUAUGGUGCAAGUGCUGUAUGUCCAUACUUGGCAUUGGAGACAUGCCGCCAGUGGCGUCUGAGCACCAAAACUGUGAACUUGAUGCGGAAUGGAAAGAUGCCUACUGUUACAAUGGAACAGGCUCAAAGGAACUUUUGCAAGGCAGUCAAAUCUGGUCUUCUCAAGAUUCUUUCAAAGAUGGGCAUAUCAUUGCUUUCUAGUUAUUGUGGGGCACAGAUAUUUGAGAUUUAUGGGCUAGGUAAAGAUAUUGUUGAUCUUGCAUUUUGUGGAAGUGUGUCAAACAUUGGUGGCCUAACUCUCGAUGAGUUGGCAAGGGAAACUUUAUCUUUCUGGGUGAAGGCUUUCUCAGAGGACACAGCUAAGAGACUAGAAAAUUUUGGGUUUAUACAAUUCAGACCAGGAGGGGAAUAUCAUGGGAAUAACCCAGAGAUGUCAAAGUUACUUCAUAAAGCAGUUCGCCAAAAGAAUGAAAGUGUCUAUUCCAUUUAUCAGCAGCACCUGGCUAACAGACCUGUGAAUGUUCUUCGAGAUCUUCUUGAAUUUAAAAGUGACCGGCCCCCAAUUCCAGUUGGAAAGGUUGAAUCUGCAGCUUCUAUUGUCCAGCGCUUCUGCACUGGUGGGAUGUCACUCGGAGCAAUUUCCAGAGAAACUCAUGAAGCAAUUGCAAUUGCAAUGAAUAGACUAGGUGGAAAAUCUAACUCAGGAGAAGGUGGUGAGGAUCCUAUUCGUUGGAGCCCACUUACAGAUGUUGUAGAUGGUUACUCUCCAACGCUUCCACAUCUCAAAGGUCUUCAAAAUGGGGAUACUGCUACUAGUGCAAUUAAACAGGUUGCUUCUGGACGCUUUGGUGUUACCCCCACAUUCUUGGUCAAUGCUGAUCAGUUGGAAAUCAAAAUUGCACAAGGAGCAAAGCCUGGAGAGGGUGGUCAAUUGCCUGGAAAAAAAGUCAGUGCUUAUAUAGCAAGAUUGAGGAAUUCUAAACCUGGGGUUCCACUUAUAUCUCCACCUCCACACCAUGACAUUUAUUCAAUUGAAGAUCUUGCUCAGUUAAUAUAUGACCUUCAUCAGGUAAAUCCUAAGGCAAAGGUAUCUGUAAAGCUGGUGGCAGAAGCUGGAAUUGGCACUGUCGCCUCUGGUGUUGCAAAGGGUAAUGCUGAUAUAAUACAGAUAUCAGGGCAUGACGGGGGAACCGGGGCUAGUCCAAUAAGUUCUAUUAAGCAUGCUGGUGGUCCUUGGGAACUUGGACUUACAGAAACACACCAGACUCUUAUUGAAAACGGGCUUAGGGAAAGGGUUAUUCUAAGAGUUGAUGGUGGCUUCAAAAGCGGGGUUGAUGUCUUAAUGGCUGCAGCCAUGGGUGCUGAUGAAUAUGGAUUUGGUUCUGUGGCAAUGAUUGCUACCGGAUGUGUAAUGGCGCGCAUAUGCCACACUAAUAACUGCCCUGUUGGAGUAGCGAGUCAGAGAGAAGAACUCCGUGCUCGUUUCCCUGGUGUGCCUGGUGAUCUGGUCAAUUACUUUAUGUAUGUUGCUGAGGAGGUCAGAGGCAUCUUGGCGCAACUGGGCUAUGAGAAAAUGGAUGAUAUAAUUGGACGAACUGAUAUAUUAAGACCACGGAAUAUAUCACUAGUGAAAACUCAACAUCUUGACCUCAGUUACAUUCUCUCUAGUGUAGGUCUUCCAAAGUUGAGCAGCACUAAAAUCAGGAAUCAAGAUGUUCACACUAAUGGGCCUGUUCUAGAUGAUGUUAUACUUUCAGAUCCAGAGAUAUCUGAUGCAAUUGAAAAUGAGAAAGUAGUUAAUAAAACCAUAAAGAUCUACAAUGUUGACCGUGCUGUUUGCGGUCGUAUAGCUGGUGUGGUUGCAAAGAAAUAUGGGGAUACAGGAUUUGCUGGACAGUUGAACAUAACAUUUACAGGAAGUGCUGGGCAAUCAUUUGCAUGUUUUUUGACUCCUGGGAUGAACAUUCGACUGAUUGGAGAGGCUAACGACUAUGUCGGCAAGAGUAUGGCUGGUGGUGAGUUGGUUGUAACUCCUGUUGAAAAUACUGGGUUCUGCCCUGAGGAUGCAACUAUAGUAGGAAACACCUGCCUAUACGGAGCAACCGGUGGUCAAGUUUUUGUUAGAGGAAAAGCUGGGGAACGUUUUGCUGUGAGGAACUCUCUUGCUCAAGCUGUGGUAGAGGGGACUGGAGAUCAUUGUUGUGAGUACAUGACAGGAGGUUGUGUGGUUGUGCUUGGAAAAGUGGGUCGGAAUGUAGCUGCUGGAAUGACUGGGGGUUUGGCAUACAUUCUUGAUGAAGAUGAUACACUCAUACCCAAGGUAAAUAAGGAAAUUGUGAAGAUUCAGAGAGUGAAUGCCCCUGCAGGGCAGAUCCAGCUAAAAAGCCUCAUAGAAGCACAUGUUGAAAAAACUGGAAGCAACAAAGGCUCUGCCAUUCUGAAAGACUGGGAAGCAUAUUUGCCGCUCUUUUGGCAGCUGGUUCCACCUAGUGAAGAAGACACACCGGAAGCUUGUGCAGAUUUUGAAAGAAUAUCACCUGGACAGGUGACAUUGCAGAAAGCUUAGGACAGUGAUACAUGCAUUGAGGUGAAGGUGCCACCUUCAAAAUAAAUACAGGCAAAUCCAGAGCAGUAUCUAACAUUUGUAGGCAGAGAUAGGAAGUUGAAUUCUUCAAAAUAAAUAGUUGCACAAGGCAUGAGGAUCUCAAAAAUGCUUAGAAUCACCAUUUUAUGUCCUGUAAAUAGAAGGUGCCACAACAAGCAGUUGGAGGCCUUGGGUUUUACAGAGGAAGCAUUCAUCCUUCCUAGCAUGGUAGGGCUGUUGUAAAAUGAAUGCCACUAUACUAUCGGAACUGUAAGCUAAGGCAUUUAGAUAUGUCAAAAAAUUAUCUUUUUUGGAUGGCCAAUGGCCACAAUUAUUUGUCUGUAAUUUAAACAGAGACAAUAUCAUGCAAUAGAAAUUUCUCGUUUUCACAUUAAAACA